AUGAAAAAAAUCCUGUAUCUUCUACAGUACUUGUCAGGGGCACCGAAGAAAAUUGUUGAAGGAUACCAGUUUCUCAAAACAGCUGACGUUUACUCAAAAGCAAAGAAAACCCUUGAAAAACGACUUGGUCACCCCUCUGUGGUUGCAGAAGCAUUCCGCAAAAAGCUAGAGAGCUGGCCGAAGAUACCUCCCAAAGACGGAUUCGCAUUAAGGGAAUUUGCGGACUUCCUGAAGACUUGUGAACUGGCUAUGCAAUCAGUGGAAGAUCUUGAAACACUGAAUAAGCAACACGACAACAAGCAGUUGUUGAGAGUCUUGCCAAACUGGGCCCAUCCCAAAUGGGGAGUCAGAGUAAGAGGCUAUCAAACGAAGCAUGGAGAUAACAAGUUCCCUCCAUUCGUGGAAUUUGUUAGAUAUGUCACUGAGAUUUCUGAGGUGCAAUGCCUGCCUGUUCUUACUAACUUGGACACAACCUUUUCAGCAAGAGAAGACAAGAACAGAGGCUUCAGGAAAAGAAAUGGAAGUCGUAGGAACCAGGAAGCACAUUCCCUAGCAACAGGAGUAAAGGAAAAACUUCCCAAUCACACGGAAUGUGGAAAGAAUGGAAAGAAGAGAGCAUGCCUCUGGUGUGGGAAUACAACCCAUGAAAUGGAAACAUGUCAAGAGUGUGUGAAGAAACCCAUCAACGAGAGAGCCCAGUUUAUUAUCAGAAAGGGACUUUGUCUUCGUUGCUUAACCCAUGGUCAUAUGGCUAAGGAGAAGAAGUGUGAGAAGGUACCAAGUUGCGCAAAAUGCAAGCAGAAACACCCAACCUGUCUACAUGAUGACAGCAGGACCAGCACCAAUGUUACAAAUGGAGGAGAUAAGAUUACACCCGAAGCCUCAGCGAGCUGUACAAAUGCUGUCGAUGCAGAGAAUCUGCAAGGUAGUGAAGACGCAGCAGUGAAAUGUACAAGCGUUUGCUCCGUCGAAGGGCAGCAGUCGGGUCAAGAUCAAAGCUUAAUCAUCCCAUUGUGGGUGUCGAGUUCCAAAAAUCCUCAAAAUGAUGUCCUGACUUAUGCUCUCAUCGAUUCUCAAUCCAAUGCUACCUUCAUCAGAGAGAAGCUAGAACAAACCUUGGAGGUUGACAGUCUGGCGUAUUGGACCACGCUCUGCUUGAAAACGCCUCAACGCGUUGAUAAAGGAGUCGGUUUCUAG